AUGCCAGGUGAACGUUUAUUGAAUGUUUUAUGUGCUGUAUGUGGCGAUCGAUCAUCAGGGAAACAUUAUGGUAUCUACAGUUGUGAUGGUUGUUCGGGAUUUUUUAAACGAAGUAUUCAUCGACAUCGUCAUUAUGUAUGUAAAGCUCAAGGUGAAAUGAAAGAUAAAUGUCCUGUUGAUAAGACUCAUCGUAAUCAAUGUCGAUCUUGUCGAUUGGCUCGAUGUUUCUUAGUCAAUAUGAAUAAAGAUGCUGUACAACAUGAACGUGGACCACGUAAGGCAAAACCAAAAAUUCUCAGUGUUUCCAGUAUGAUCUUACCAAGUUCAACAGGACCACCUAUUGCUUGUUCAUCAUCACCAAUUAUGACAAAUGUAUCUAGUCUAUCAAUUUCUAAUCAAUUCAAUCGAAAAUCUAAACAUUCAUCAACACAACAACAACAACAACAAUUAACAUGUUUACCAACUAUCGACAAUUAUAAUUCAUUUUCAACUAUUAUUAAUCAAACAACAUUAUAUGAAGCAGCAGCUCGUCUUUUAUUCACAAUGACAAGUUGGUUACAAACAGUACCUUCAUUUAAAAUUCUUUCCAAUGAUGAUCAACGUUCACUACUUGAAGAUAAUUGGCAUUAUCUUCUUAUUGUUAAUUUAAGUCAAUGGAUGGUACCAAUGAUGGCCAUUCAAUUAACUAACAGUACACUUUCACAAGCAGAUCAAAUUGAAGUACAACGUAUAUGUGAUUGUAUUUAUAAAUUUCGAUCACUUGGAUUAGAUUUUUAUGAAUAUACAUAUAUUAAAACUCUUUCACUUUAUCAAUCUUCAGCUAAACCAUUAAUUAAUCAAAAUCAUAUUGAUGCUUGUCAAGAACAUGUUCUUUUCUUAUUACGUACAAGUUUAAUGUCUCAUUCAGCAGCAACAUAUUCAGUCAAAUUUAGUCAACUUAUUGCAAUAAUUCAAAUGAUGAAUCAUAUAUCAUCAAAUGCUAUACAACGUAUUUUUUUUCCAAGUAUAACUUAUAAUGUAACUGUUGGUAAAAUUCUUUGGGAACUUUAUCGUUCAAAAACAAGUGAAACAACGACAUAA